GACUACGUCAUAUCCGGCUUCUUUUUUCUUUUUCUUUUUUGCAUACAUCCGCGAUAAUAUGCUGCACUUUACCACAGAGGAUAGCGAGGCUUUACGGUUGUCUGACUUUAUCAUAAAUCCUGAUUUCAUUUAUUAAAGAAGAUUUUGGGGGGCUGAGUUUUCUCUGCUGGAAUCACUGCUUUCAGUUAAAAAAAAAAUGCUAUGUUUUUUUUUUUUCACCUCAACAUUAAACAGUUAAAUCAUAAAUGAAAGAAACUUCUACCUCAGAUUCAAAGAGAGCUCGCCGCUGAGGAUGUGCUGCUACCGAAGGAGCAUGUAGUUCCUGCCUUCACUCAGGAGGAGAACGAGAGGAGGGAAGAACAUGGAAGACUUCGGCACACGGACUUAUGGCACCAGUGGCCUGGACAACAGACCUCUGUUCGGAGAGACUUCGGCAAGGGAUCGGAUAAUCAAUUUAAUAAUUGGUGGACUUGCAACUCUACUAAUGAUAGUGACCAUUAUCAGCGCUUUCGUCUUCCCUGCACUGCCUCCAAAGCCUCUCAACAUUUUCUUUGCUGUCUGUAUCCUGCUGAUGUCCGGCUCCGUGGUGGUUCUGAUUUACUGGUACAGACAGGGAGACCUGGAGCCUAAAUUUCGCAACCUGAUCUACUACAUGCUGUGUUCAAUUGUCCUGCUAUGCAUAUGUGCCAACUUGUACUUCCACGACGUGGGACGUGACAAAAAGGCCAACGCCUUAUCUUAUGAACACGAGGUAGACGGUGCGGGCCUUUCAGCACACUGAAACGGGGGACUCUUUCUUUCCGACGGCUCAUGCGGUUGUCAUGGGGUCCAGUCUGCUUCUGGAGGACCAACAGUAUUAUAGAUGUGAAUAUCCUGUAUUCUGUAGCACGGUGGAUGUGUAUGCAGAUGUUUUGCAUCCCGAGUGCCGUAUAUUCCUGCAUCGCGAGACUGUUCUUGACUAUAAGCCAUGGUUAUAUGCUGCAGAAAGCAUUUUAUACUUGUAUAUGUUGGACGUACAUUCCCGAAUCGAGGUCUCUUGCGUUUCUGAUGCACUUACCAUAACGGAGACGCAGCCGGAGCCUGGCAGGGUGAAACGCUGUUCGGGUUUCUGCUCAGGUUUCUGAAUCUCUGCACACUGUGUCAUUUGAGAUGGCCAAGUUUAAUGAUUGUUGAUUAUUUAAUUUCUAAUGUGCAUUUUAUGUAAUGAAAUAAAUCCUUGUUCCAAUG